CUGUGCCCUAGGCUCGUGGGUCUGCGGCCGCAGCGCUUGGCACCGGAGCUCGAGGGGCGGGGGUUGGGGGCGGGCCGGCUGCCGCCAUGGCCGGGAGUCAGGACAUGUUCGACGCCGUCGUGAUGGCGGAUGAUAGGUUUCACGGGGAAGGUUAUCAGGAAGGCUACGAAGAAGGAAGUAGUUUGGGUAUGAUUGAAGGAAGACGGUAUGGCACGUUACAUGGAGCUAAAAUCGGAUCUGAGAUCGGGUGCUACCAAGGUUUUGCUCUUGCCUGGAGAUGUCUCCUGCACGGCUGCACCACUGAGAAAGACAGCAAAAAGAUGAAGGUCUUAGAAUCGCUGCUUGGAAUGAUUCAGAAAUUCCCUUAUGAUGACCCUACUUAUGAUAAACUUCAUGAAGACCUAGACAGAAUUAGAGGGAAAUUUAGGCAGCUUUGUUCAUUACUAAACGUCCAGCCCGACUUUAAAAUUAGUGCAGAAGGUUCCGGACUUUCAUUUUGAGGAUGACAGACGCACAAAGACGAAACAUCAGGGAACAGAUGUUCGUAUGUUAAGUGUUUAAAAAUGUGAUUAAAGGCAAAACAAUGAUGGGGGAUUCAUUGUUUUGCCGGGAGGGUUCCAGCUUGGCCGCUGAAAGGGCUUCCUUCCCCCGAGGUCUGCCGGGUGGCCUCCGUUCCCCCCACGGGGCCCCUCCACAUAGGCCCGUCCUUUGUUGGGCCCUGUCUGCUCUGCAGCGUGAACGCGGCCCUGGCAGAGCCCUAACCGGGCUGCUCUUCUCUGGUCCAGCCAGGGUCCAGGCCCCUGGCUCACGGGUUCUCGUCACCUGGCAGGCCUGGCUGGAUCUAGACUCGGGUUGGCUCUGGAUAGGAUAAACCUCCCCUUUACUCCCCGGGCUUUGGUCAGCGCUCAGAGGGACAGUUUUUUAAAAAAUGAGAGCCACAGGGUUGACAUGAAGCAGGUUAAUGGGAAGGAGUGAUGGGUACUGGGACAUUUAUUGACCCCUGAGAUGGGCCAGUGCUGUGACCUGCUUCUCAUGUUUUAUUUAGUCCCUUCAGGAGCCCAUGAGGCAGGCGUUAUUCCCAUUUUAUAGACUAGGAAACAGGCCCAAGAGACUGCCUGGUCCAAGGGCAGUGGGCGGCAGAGCUGGGACUUCAGCCCUGUCUCCUGGUGCCCGCUCUGGAAUGCACAGUCGCACCCACAGUCUCGGGGGUCCCUGCCCGCAGGUCCCCGCUGUGCCCCGUGGAGCCCUGGGGCUUCUCAUGUGGCCAUGGACGUGGGCGUCUGGCUGAGAGGAGCAGAGGCCAGCCCUGUCCCCAGGAAGCUGGGACGUGCUCUUCCUGUGUCCCCGGGUGGGUGGGGCUCUGCAGCCUCAAAAAUGGUCAAGGGGAGGAGCCUUUAAGGCCACCGUUCUGUGUGCAGAAACUUUGGAGCCUUACUGCAGCCUUCCUUCUAGUGUGAGUUCUUCUGUUUUCUGCCCGGACUUAAAAGGCACCAUCUGUACGCGGUGCACGGCCUCAGGUGCAUCUCGGUCACAGACACCAGCAGCGCGUAUCUCGGGCUGGUGGGAUGGAGGGGCUUUUGUUGUCGUUUUUCUGGGUGGAUUUUUUUUUUUUUUGGCGGUAUGCGGGCCUCUCACGCUGUGACCUCUCCCGUCGCGGAGCACAGGCUCCGGACACGCAGGCUCAGCGGCCAUGGCUCGCGGGCCCAGCCGCUCCGCGGCAUGUGGGAUCCUACCGGACCGGGGCACGAACCCGCGUCCCCUGCAUCGGCAGGCAGACUCCCAACCACUGCACCACCAGGGAAGCCCUGGGACCAUUUUUGAUGCGACAUCUAGCGAAUUCUUUCCUUUCUCCGUGAUAUCUGGGGUUGAGGUACCAGGGUCGCACCGAACAGCCUUCUGUUGUGUUUGUGUCUGCAUGUUUCAUUAACACGCAUGGAGGCAGCUACCACGACAGGAUGGCGCCCCGUGAUGUUCAGGAAAGGGUCGGGUCCUGCUGCCCCUGGCCAGCCACCGCGUGCAUUUAUCACUGACCUCUCCUGCCCCAAACCUCACUCCCCCCGACCCCUUCCGUCUCUCUCCGCUCAGCCUCUCCCAUGCCAGGUGUCAGCCAGAGCAGCCGGCAGCCACUUCCUUUCCCCCGUCCCGCGGGGCCGAGCUGCCUCAUCCGUCAUCUUCAGGGGCCCUGGACACUGGACUUGACCUGUGCCAGCCUGGCUCCUUCUUGGAGGAUGAGACCCAGUUUCCAGGACCCCUUGGUCACCCAAGACAGGUGUUCUGGAUUACAGUACAGACAGAGCCCCUGUUCGCGUCACAACCACUCUGUUCCUGUGAUGCCACCUCCAGCGAUGGGGCCCGGGGAGCUUGCUCUUCUGGCUGAUGAGACGGUGGAGGACACCCAAGGGCUUCUGGGAAAGGUCACAUCACUCUUGAGAGAGAUGGUAUCUCUUUUGGAAGUUGUCCUGUGGGGAUGCGACGCCUGGAAUUAUGACAGGCAGCUUGCAAGCAGCUGUGGAUGAAGCCAGACCUGGGCAUGGCAGAGCCCAGCCAGCGAGGACCCAGCCCGAGGACAUUGCCGAGCAGCUGUGCUGACUGACCCCCGAGAGGCGCUGUGCUUGCCAGCCUCGUUUAUAGGAGCUGAUGAAUGCCCUAGUUCAAGGCCACUUCGGUAGGGCUUCCAUUGUUUGCAGGCAAAGGUAUCCUGCUUGCCCUGUCCCCCAGCCCAUCCCAUCCCAUCCCUUCCUGUCCACCUACACCUGGUCCUGGUGGAUAUUAACCUUGUUGGAUCUCCACCUUUCCGGGGCUCAUAGAUUUCCCACCGCUCUGGCCUGCUUGCUCUUCCCUGUCGGAAACUCCCAGCAUACUUUGUGCCACAUUAUUAGUCAGCUGGGGCUGCCAUAGCGAAUGCCGCACAGUGGGUGCCUUAAACAACAGGCAUUCACUGUCUCCCAGUCCUGGAGGCUGGAAUCUGAGAUCCCGGUGUGGGCAGGGCCGGUUCCUCCUGAGGCCUCUCCUUGGUGUGUAGACGGCUAUCUUCUCCCUGUGUCCUCACACAGUCGUCCCUGUGUGUGUGUUGGUGUUGCUUUAAGGACUCCAGCCCUGUUGGAUUGGGGCCCACCUUGAUUACCUCCUUAAAGGCCCCAUCUCCAAAUAUAGUCACAUUCUAGGUUCUGAGGGGCAAGACUCCAACAUGAAUUUUUGUGGGGACAUAAUUCAGCCAUAGGGUGAAUACAGGGUGGCCUGUAAUAGCCACCCUGUCUGGCUGCCUGGACAGACUUAACUUGGGAGAGAAGAAGACCAUUUCACUUAAAAGUUGAAGUUACUUUGGGACUUCCCUCGUGGCGCAGUGGUUAAGAAUCUGCCUGCCAAUGCAGGGGACACGGGUUCCAGCCCUGGUCCGGGAAGAUCCCACAUGCCGCGGAGCAAUGAAGCCGUGCGCCACAACUACUGAAGCCCGUGCACCUAGAGCCCGUGCUCCGCAACAAGAGAAGCCACCGCAAAGAGAAGCCUGUGCACCGCAACAAAGACCCAACGCAGCCAAAAAUAAAUAGGUAAAUAAAUAAAUUUUAUUAAAAAAAAAAGUUGAAGUUACUUCAUUUUAUUUUUUAGAACAUCAGUAAUUGGGAGUAAGCAGGCUAAUCAGUCCACCUGAACUUACCACGUUGGAACUAUACUCUCAGAGGCACCGCGGUGGGUGGUGGGAAACACCCACCCACAGGCCAGAGCCCAGUCCCGGACGCUUGCUUUACUUCACAUUCAGCUUGUUGUUUUUCUCUACCCAGUGGUGAGAAAAGAAUGAAGUGAUUUGGAGGGAGGGAUAAGAAGUCUUAUUUACUGAGUGGCUGCUCGUGGCCGCCUUGACCUUCCUUGGGUCACUGAAGUGUCCACAAAGCCCAUGAGGUGGGGUCGCUGCCUGCCCCCCUCACCCCGGCAGAUGGGGGCCUGGGGCUCCCAGCCGAGCUGAGUGAUGUACCAGCGGUCGCAGUAAGUGGCUGACCUCAGGCCUGAGCACGGCGGGGGUCAGGGGCCUUGCUUAAGUUAUUCUUAGCCAGGCGCAGUCUCACUUUCCUGAUGAUUCACAGCCUGUCUGUGUGACCGGUCCUGCACCUAGCUGACCGCGGCAGAGACGGUCGGUGUUAUGGGAAGGGACCCGUGCUGGCCGCAGCAGGGGAGGCGUGGACCGCGUGGGCCAUCGGCUGCCCUCGACCCUCUGAGCACGGCUCACUGAGGGAUGGAUGGGGAGGCGGGGUGGGGGGGGCGUUCAGCUCUGCCUGGGGGAUAAGGGAGUGGGAAGGUGGGCAGGAAGGCUUCUUGGAGGAGGUGACCUUGGCAUGACUCGCUUUGUGAGCUCUCAUUUGAGCUCAGCACCGUGGAGAACGUCUCUUCCACCCUACCUGAAAACACCAUGUAAUUUGGAGAGAUCAAAACCUGUAAGUAACUGGUGAGGUCGUCCCAACUCCACAGUUAUUCCAUUCCUUGGUGAGUGAAGUGAGGAACCGGUCUGCGGCCCAGGAAACGUGUCCCCAAGCGAGUAUGAUCCCUCAGAGAAAAGCGGGCGCUGCGUUCAGUUCUCACAGGACACGAGAGCCGUGCAGGUGCUGGGCCAGGCCCCCAGAGGGACGGGCCUAUCCAAGCCACCAGGACUUAGGGGCUCACUUCAGUGUCCCUAGAAGGACAGUCGCUCCUUGCCUGUGAACUUCUCCAUAGCUCUGAUGGCUGAUUAAACUCACCUGACAUGGAGGCCCUGGCUGGUGUGUCCCUUGGGGGCCCCUGUGGAGACAGCGCUUCGGCCCCAUCUCCCUGGUGCCCUUUACCAGAUCAGCUGGGCCUUGGGUCCCUAGGGUUGGAGCGAUAUCUGAGUAUGAUCCUGUUUCUGCCCACUCAGGAGUGUGAUGGGCCAGGGGACCCCAUGCCCCAAGUAAACGGCCAUGGAACUGAAGACUUAGUGGCGGGCUGUCUCCAUCCUUUCAGCAAGGAUUUAUUGAACUUCCAUUAUUUUUGGUGGGCAUGCGCCCCUGAAAUCCCAGGGUGCUCCACGAGCAGGUUCCCUAGCUCUGAGAGCUCAGACACAUCUGUUGAGUUGAACCAUAUCCCCUAAAAGAUGUGAUGAAGUCCCAGCCCCUGGUACCUGGGAAUGUGACCUUUGGAAAUAGGGUUCUUGCAGCUGUGACUCGUGUAGGUUAUGGUGGGUUGUACUAGAGUAGGGGGCCCUACCUCUCCCGUGACUGUGUCCUUGAAGAGGAGAAUGCCAUGUAAAGAGAGACAUGGAGGAGAGACAGCCGUGCAAGAGCAGAGGCUGAGAACGGAGUGAGGCGUCUGUAAGCCCAGGGACGCCGGGCGUUUCCAGCAGCCAUGAGACCUGGGGCAGGGAGCACGGCCCCGGCCUCCAUGAGACCUGGGGCAGGGAGCACGGCCCCGGCCUCCAGGACGGUGAGAGGAUAAAUUCCUGUUGAUGUGGCCACGCACUCUGUGAUGGCUUGUUCCAGCAGCCCCAGGACACUGAUAAGGAGGUCUGGGCUGCCGUUCGGCCAUCUGCUGAGUGAAGAGGCAGGACGCGGUGAUGUCCAGACCCUUCUUCCUGGCCUGACGUGUGGCGAGCUUCCUUCUUAAGGCAUUUGCUUCAGCUCCCUACUCAGCUGCUCUGAGGGGCAGGUGGUACCUACACCCCAGAAAGACGCUGUUGUCUCAAGGCACGGGAGCCCCCUGGCUCCCUCCCCUGAGAGGCUGCUGCCUUUGGGGGGCCCCGCUGGCUCUGUACAGGGGCCGAGACAGGGUCUGCCAGUGAAGGCUGGCUCGAAGCUCUCCCCUGGUCUCAGCCCCUGUUUAUAUCAAUAAUACAUGUUACAUCUAGAAAAGGUAGAAAACACACAUACAGUGUGAUAGUUAAGAAGCUUUGAAAAUGCUAGGAAACUCAUCAAAUGGACUCAAACAGUAAGGGGCAGUGAUGGGCAGCUCCAGCAGCUCGUCUGGAGACCUGGUCCCACUCUUGCUCUCCCGCACGACCGGCUUCACGCUCGGGACCCAUCCUGGGGCCGCAGCACCACGGACGCCCCUAUCGGGGCAGAAGGGCUGUGCCCGCCCCCAGGAGGCCUAAGGAACAGAGUGGAGUGCUCUCUUCUCCAGAAGCUCCAGACAAUGUCUCCCUGAGUCUCGCUGGCUGUUAGAUUUCACAUCCGCCCUUGAACCUGCCACUGGUCCGGGGGGGCAGAUGUGCUGUUGGCUUUGAGCCCAUUGGCGCCUGUCCCGGAGCUGGGGAUGGGGUCGGUCCCACCUGAGCCACAGAGCUGAGAACGGUGGUUCCCACCGAGUGAAAUCUGGGUGCUGUCAACACAAGGUGGGAGGCUCAGUGUGGGCACAAAGACCAAGAACUGCUAGAGGAGGGAAAUAAGGAUGGCCUCGACCACCCCCCGGGGACCAGCGGGGCCUCCUUGCACACCUGGACGAUGCAUGGGAUGGUGGUGGUCACGCUGACAGUGUGGUGACGUUUACUGAGUGAUGCCUGUGCACCAGGCACUGUGCUCAAUGCUUCAUGGACGUCGAGCCAUUGGUCCUCGCGUCACCCCAGGAGGCGGUCACUGAACAGAUUGACUGAGCCCCGCUUUCAUGCUGGGUGUGUCACAGAUGCUAGGGUGCCCUCUCGGAGCCGCCCUUCUUACAGACGUGACUGUCCCCAUUUUAUGCGUGAGAAAGUUGAGGCCCAGAAGGCGAAGCCGCACAGCCUGAAAGUUGCAGAGCUGAGAUCCAACUCCUGGGUCUUUUCCUCUAAAAUGUGCUCACGUGUGAGAGUGUUUUUCAAACAACGACUGGCCACGUCGGACGACACUGCCAGCACGCCUGGCCGCCCUUCUCCAGGCCGGCUGACCGAGACACUGCCCUGGCCGCAGGGGCCGCUGACUUCAAGUCUUGGACGUGGGUGGACCUGACCUCGACCCCUGGGCCUCCUGGCAAAGCAGGGCCGCCCCGAGUGCACGCACUGACCAUCGGGUGAAAAAUACUCAAAUGAAGACUUCGUGCGUUUUCUUCGAGCCCAGUUUUGAAGACCUCGUUCUCGGCAAGGCAACCAAGCUGACUGCCGGGGGCCCAGGCCCCAGAGACACAAACUCGGCCACUGGCCUGGCUUGGUCAGCUCCCCGCCAUGUGAUCCUGGCUCAGUUACUUCACCUCUCUGGGCCCCGGUUUACUCGUUCUCCAGCAGGAGUCGGCUCACUCCCACCCUCAGCCCAGAUCCUGCCUGGCUGUGCUCGUUGCCGUACUGUCCUCCGUGGCUGCCUGCUCCGUGCAGUGGAGUAGAGGAGCUGGAUGGAGACCAUGGCCAGCAAAGCCCCAAACACUCCCUAUCUGGCCCUUUGUGGAGAAGCCUGCCCACCCUUGACCUGGAAGAUGGGAAUACUUGUACCUGCGAGAGGAACGUGGGCUCCACAGGGCCCCCUCGCCAGUGUGUCCCCUGCCUGUCACCAACCCCUGGGGGCUGUUUCAAGAUUUAGGGAGAGGACUUCCCCGGCCGUCCAGUGGUUAAGACUCUGCACUCCCAAUGCAGGGGGCACGGGUUCGAUCCCUGGUCAGGGAACUAAGAUUCCGUAUGCCCUGCGGCACGGCCGUAAAAACAAAACAAAACAACAACAACAAAAAGAUGUGGGAGAAAUGGUGUGUUUGGCCCUUAGCACAGUGCCCAGCCCCCAGUACGUGCUGAGUGACCUUAAGCUACUGUCCUCCUGCGAUGGGACCAGGCAAGGAACACUGCCCGGCGUGCUCGGCGGGCUUGGGGUCCAGAAUGUGGGUAGACCCUCUAGCUAGACGGGUCUGCUCUAGAGGGACCGCCCUGGGGAGGCUGUCUCGCUGCUAGUUGAAACUUGAAAGGAUUAACAGACGCUGCCGUCUCUGAUAGGCUCUGGGCCGAUGGCAGCCCUUGAGCCAAGAGCUUCCCCAUCCUCCUGUGCGCCCUGUGAGUGGCGGUGACAAUGCCCCCGGAUGUGGGCCUCCGGCCCUCGUCCCUGGCGCUGCCCGCCCACCGGCCGUGGCUAUUGUCUGCUGGGCCGAGGUGUGGCUCAGGGCAGGGGCCGGCGGGCAGGGGGACUGUGGGAACGGAUUAGAGGCCAGGGGCUUGCGUCCCCUCUGCAUAAACUCCUGAUCAAAGACAUUCCUGGGCUGACAGAGCCCUGUGCAUGGCGGAGGCCAGCCCAGCGUGCGGGACACACGCCCCAUGCAGCCGCCCCCCGGAGUUGGGAUUGGCCUCGUAGUGGGACAGCCAAGCCCUGCUGCUGCCGGGCUUCCAGGAGGGACGGGCUCAGAGGGAAGGUGGGGAGCCUGGCGCCCAGGGUCCCAGCAGUACCCACCUCUGCAAACACGCCUGCCCUGGGGCCCCUCGAAUCUGGGGCCCUGGCAGGGAACUGACUCGCCUUAGUGCCCAGGCUGUGUCCCGGGGCUUAUCGGGCCUCAUCAGGGCGAUGAGGUGCUCCCGGCCCCUGGGGAGCCCCCCGGCCCCCGAGUGCCCACCGCACCCGGGUCAGGCAGGACCCAGCCCUCGGCAGCUCACAAAGCCCGCGGCCCGCACGUGGCCCUACUGCUCAGCGCCGCUGCGUGCAGGCGGGGUGCAGGGUGUGGGCAGAGAAGGACCAGCCGGACAGCUGUCCCCAAGGGCUCACAGCCCAGAGGGGAAACACCACGUGUAAUGGCUCCUGGACCACCAGAGCCACCUGGCUGGGGCAGGGUGGAGAACACCGCAGAGAGUCUUACAUGAGCCUGGGGGAGAGCAGGGGGUGGGCACUCCAGCACAAAACUGGAGGCCGGAAGUAGUCUGGUGUGUCCUGCAGUCCCCUGGGCAGAAACUUCGGGGAAUGAGGAGUCUGAGGCUGGGGGAGACGGGGGGUGAGGCUGGAGAGAUGGGCCAGGUCCCAGGACCCCGGAUGGAGCCGGAAGGAGCUAGAAGCCCCAGGGGGUUCUGGCAGAGGGUGGUGGGCCCGCCUGGGGCAGGGAGACUGGCUGGGAGGCAGGGAGGCCCCAGGUGAGUGGCCGUGGGCCCGAGUGAGAGCAGGCGUUCGGGCUUCCGGGAGGGGCAGUGGAGUGGACACCGGAAGGCUUUGUCUCCAAAGGCCAGUUUUUGUUUUCCUGAUAUGCACAGGGCAGCCAGACCCCCAUGGGGGGGGUCCCCAUGAGGGGAUGCCCGAGCUGAUGUGGGCGGUUGGAGAGGUCUGGGCCCGUGGCAUAACUGAGAGAAGCCUGCUGCCCCUCCUCCGGGGGCCUCACGGCCGGGGAGACGGCCCUGGGGGGCUCCGGGCCCCUCCUCACUCGGCCCAAACCCUCUGUGUACUUUGGGUCCCAUCUGCGCCCCUGCCCCUGCCUCCCCCCGCCUCCCCCUGUGCCUCACAGGCCACCUCCCCGUCACGCCCUCUUCCUUUCCACUGUCCGACCUGUCAGCCCACAAACAGAUUUUCCACCUGCAACAUUAGAAACCAUCAAACAGCCCCGCAGGCCUGGCGUCCUGUGCGUCCAGCUGCCAGUGGAGUGCAGGCCGCCCCCCGGCCUCCGCUGCCCGGAUCCUCGCUGGAACUUAAUGCAGUCAGAGUGUUGGCCCUGCUCCUCAAGAUACCCCGAGGCCCUUGCGGCGUCGCAGCCUCGCUUGGGCCCCUCUGUACGCCCAUGGUCGUCGAUGUCAUUGGGCCCUGGUGCUGGCACAGACUAGCGGGUCCCCGGGGCUGAGCCACCGCGGUGGUGCAGAGCAGGCCCUGGGCUUCAGGGCACCUCCCGAGGCUCUGACCCUCGCUCGGUCCCCUUUCAGAGCACCCUGUAGGCCCCGGGGGCAGGGGCCUUGCCUCACGUCCCCACCCAGCCGGCGAGGGACUGGGGCAGGGAGGCAGCAGUUCCGGCACCUGCACACCCCACCUCCUCCCAGAAGCUCCAGGCCCCACCGACCCUGCGGGCACCCCCUGGGCAGGCUGGCCCACGGCACGCGCUUCGUUAGGGCUGUGGCGAACUGACCUGGCAGCCAGUGCCAUCCUUGGCGCGUGACCCAGGCCUCCUCCGGGCUCUGGAGCGCUCGCUGAAUGCUCAGCUGCGGGGGGAGGGCACCUUGGGGAGCUCCCGGCUCUGGGAAGAGGCCCCGGCCCCGCAGAGCUGGGACCAAGAUUCAUUUCCCACCUCCACCGGCUUUGGGAACGCGGCCAGUUCGCAGGCAUCUGGAGCCCAAAGGUGGACGUCACAGGUGUCCACCAGGCCUCCCAGGUCGCCGGGUCCAUGUGAAAGGCCACUGGACCGCUGCCCGGACACUGGCGUUGUUCCCCCCUGCCCCGAGCUCAGGGCACCUUGGGGCCAUGAUUCACCCAGAGCAAACAGCACUUUGUGCCAGAAAAGGGUUAGCGCAUUCAUUUACUUUCCUAUCUGCAAAUAACCUGGGAGGGCGAACUGGCCAGACGUGGGCUGGGAGGCGGCUGAUCGACGGGGCUCACGUCACCCGGGCCAGAGCCGUAGUCUGAGGUGGUCGGGGCCGCCUGCGAGCCGUCCUCAAACUCUGGGGGGGGUCCACACGGCCCUCUCCCACUACUGACCUCUGGUCCGGAUUUCCUCCUGGCUGGGAGGGAAUCACACCCUCCUUCUGCAUCACCAGGGGACCGCUGGCCACGUCUGGAGGGAUUUUUGUGGUCACGACCGGGGUCGGUCCUGUCAUCUAGCGGGUGGAGGCCGGGGAUGCAGCCCAACAGCCCACGGUGCCCAGGGCAGCCCCCCAUGACAGAGGAUGGCCUGGCCCCGGCGUCCGCAGGGCCGAGGCGGGCCCCCUACCCACCUGCCACCUGCCACCCCCAUCCAAGGAACUUGGGGCGCAUGGCCCUGGCUCCCUGCCCGCCCCAGGAAACAGACAAGCGGACACUGCACUGGGGUUUUACCAAUUUUAUUUCUAGACUUUUCACGUUUGUCUUGUUUCCUGCUGGAAACGUGCCGGUUACAUGUCUGUGCUGGGAAACACCGUGGUGUGCAACCAAAAACACACACAGACCCCCAAGUGCCUGCCCGCCCGGACCCUCAGACUUGCUGGUCACGGGACAGACCUCCUGUGCUCCCGGACCUGCCACUGGCCUUUGGCCUUAGAGCACACACAUCUCACCCCCCACCACGGACAGACCGUCCCUCACGGACCCCGUUUGGUUCAGACAGAGACGCCGCAGCCAGAAUGGUUGAGGUAAGCGGAAGCAGUGUUCCUGCAGGGGUGGGGUGGGGCGGGGCGGGUUUGCACCUGCCAAUGGCCUUGAAGCGCACGGGCUGCCCCGCCUGGGGCCGCCGCGGACGGUGCAAAUCCAAAUCCUUUUGGUUCGGCAGCGUGUCAGGCGGCUCUCGGGCACACAGCACUGUUGGCUGGCUUCAUUGAGAUCUGAAGUCUCUUUAAAGGAGCAUUUGCUAUAAUGACCAGAACAACAAACAGAACACUAAUAACAGAUACAACGCACCCCAAACUGUGACACAGGCCAGAAGCGAUUCCACUCAUGCCAAAUGACCGAGUCCUACAGCACAGCACCACAGUGGCACAUGAAGACAUACUUGUUACAAUAAUAAUAAUAAUAAUAAUAAUGCAACUUUCAUAGCUAUACGCAAAGAACGAUACGGGCUGUAAAAACUACGAUGAUGGUAAAUCCCAGGUCAGAUGGGGAGUCCAGCAUAACAGGCGCAGGGCAAAGGAAACGGACAUGGCCUGUCUCCAGAGACGCCCGGGGGGGUCCUCGUGAACGCGGCCCGGCGGGGUGGGGAUCCCCCACCAGGUCCUUUUUGGGAUCUCGUCCGCGUGUCUGUCUGCCGAAGCAGCAGACAGAGCCUGACCACCUGGUCUGCAAAAUGGCUAAGUGAAGCUUGAGGUAAUUGUGAAACAGGAACCUUUUUGGAAUAGAGCAGUAAUCACAUUAAGUCAAAAUUGAUCACAUAAAAAAAAAAAAAAAGAAAACAACAACAACGCUACCAAAAACAAAA